AUGGCAGACAAGGCCGCGGACAAGUACAUUCAGGUCCGCAAGAUUGGCGCCGGCGCCUUUGGUGAGGUUCACGUCGUUGUGUUGCGUGACGACGUCGCAGGCGACGGCCGGCCGCGGCUGGUGCGCAAGACGAUUCCACUUGCAGGCGGGUGUGGGAGCGGGCGGCGCGACAACAAGAAGACAGAGGCUGCAGAGGCGGCACGCGAGGUGCGACUUCUCGCCCAGCUCGACCAUCCGCACAUUGUUCAAUUUGUCGAAGCGGUGCGGAAUGCCGAGGCCAUGCAGAUCGUGAUGGAGUACUGCCCGGGCGGGGAUCUUGCGGGCGUCAUUGCAAAGGCACGCAAGGCGCGGGCGCCGCAAGUCGGAUUUUCUGAGGCGCGCAUCAUGCGGUGGACGUGGCAGAUCGGCUCGGCGCUCGAGUACCUCCACGCCCGGCGCAUUCUCCACCGCGACCUGAAGGCUCACAACGUGUUUGUCACUGCGAGCGGCGAUGUCAAGCUCGGCGACUUUGGCAUUGCGCGCCGCCUAGCCUCUCACGACUUGGCAUCGACCAUGAUCGGCACGCCACUGUACAUGGCGCCCGAGGUGCUGGCCGGCAAGCCGUACGGCUUCAAGUCGGACGUCUGGUCGCUCGGCUGCAUCGUCUAUGAACUUGCUUCGUUCAAGCACAUUGUGUCGGCACGGUCGCUGCCCGAGCUGCGCGCCAAGGUCCUCCGCGGCGCCAUUCCGGGCAUUGGGCCACAGUACUCCCGCGAGUUUCGCUGCCUUGUCCGCAGCCUGCUCUCGCGGAGUGUCGCGUCGCGGCCAACUAUCGCCAAGGUCAUGCAGAGCGACGCAGUCCGCACCUGGGCACCUGCUCCGCUCCGGCGAUCCAAGUCGGAACCGGCCCGAAACAUUGUCUCUCGCGUUGCUGCGCCACGGGCUAGACGGCGGGCGAGCCUCAGCGGCGGGAGCGUGCCCGGCUGUGCGCCGGGUCGCGCGGCUAAAGCCGCAGCCGUAGCCUCCGCGCAGCAGCCUGUUCCGGAUCCGCCGCAAAACGCGCGAGAUGCGGUUCUCGCCCGCAAAGAGGCCCGGCGGCGUGCUGACGAGGCCGCGAGGCUGGCGGAUCUGGAGGCUGCCCGCCGCGAGUACUUUGAAGAACGGAUCGAUGCCCGGGCCCGCAAGUGGGGCGCGCAGCCGCGCAGCCGUCGUCGGCGACAGUGGAUGCCGCCGCAGCCAACACCGCGCCUUCCGGUCAUCGCCGACACCCGCGCGCCGUCGCCGGUUGUGGCGUGGGAAGCGGCCGAGCCCGUCGGAGAGCAGCUAGUCCAGCCGGAGCCAAUCUCAAGCGACCGGCGGCCGCGAUAUGCACCAUCAGCGGCGCCAGACUCGCCGUCGGCGUGGGCUGAGUUCCCGGCUGUCGCCGGACGGCUCCAGUCGCGAGUGCAGCAGCUGCGACAUCGACUCGCGAGCCUCGUGGGCAACAACGCCAGCGUUGUCGCCGAGCGCGCCAUGUGCAGCCUGGCGCCUGAAGCGGCAUUGCUGCCAUUGUGA